GAAUACAAACGGUCGGCGCGAGAGGCGCCCAGGGGCGCGGGCGCUAGGGCUCCGGAGCUGGACGCCUGGUUCCCGCCACUUUCUCGAGUUACUUGUGCUCCCUUCCCCUUUCCGUAUUGGUCCGGUCGCCUUGCCGGACCCUGCCCUUUGCCUGGCGGCUGCUGGCUGGGCCAGAAGCUGCGGACGGGCUGUGCUCCGGCUUGGACAGAGUCGCCUGAAUGCUGUACUCACCGAGGUUACGGAGUUGUAGGCAAAUGAUCAGGUCUACUGUUUCAUCCUUUCACACCUAGGGGCACGAGGGGAACCCUAGAUGGGACUUGCUUAUGUACCCAACUGGGAGAUGCUUUGGAAGGCAACCAAGUAGAAAGACUGGCAGUCCACCUCUUUUAGAACUGAUCCAAGCUGUACUUGAAUCUUACUCUUCUUUAAAUAUUUAUUCUGCUGGCGAUGAAGAGGAUGUGUUCCGAGACAUACUUUAUUUUCAGAAACUUUAUUACCAGAGAUAAAAAGUUACAAGAUUUUUUAGGAGUGGGAGCUGAACCUAAUAUUCAAUAAUGGCAACAGGCGACUUAAAAAGAAGCUUGCGGAAGCUGGAACAAGUACUUCGUUUGCUCAAUUACCCGAAUGAGGUGGAUUAUGUUGGUUUGAUGAGAGGGGACACCGCAGCAUCCUUGCCCAUCAUCAGCUAUUCUCUUACCUCAUACUCCCCUUAUAUAGCAGAACUUCUGAUGGAAUCCAACAUAGAGCUCAUAGCAAAGAAUGAUGUGCGCUUCACAGAUACCGUCUAUAAGCUUCUUCGUGAUCAAUUUGAUUAUAAACCAAUUUUGACAAAAAAGCAGUUUAUACAGUCUGGAUUUGCUGAAUGGAAAAUCCAAAUUGUCUGUGAUGUAUUGAAUUGUGUGAUGAAAAAGCACAAGGAAUUGAUUGGCUCUGACAAGAACCCAUCAUGCCAAAAAAAGAAGAGCAUCUCUGAAAAGCCAGAACCUUGUUUGAGCAGUGAGAACCCUGUAGAGGCUCUUGGCAUUGACAUCACUGGCAGGUUCAUGACUUCAGGGAAGAAAAAAGCUGUGGUGAUCCGCCACUUGUACACUGAAGACAGCGCUGACAUGCCUGAAGGAACAGGAAGUUCGGCAGAAGUGAGUGAAGGGUGUGAAGAUUCAGAGCAGACCUCUGACAUCGAGAUUGCUGAGGAGCAGGCCUCCGAUAUCGUGAUUCCUGACGAGCAGGCCUCUGAUGUCAAGACUGAGCUGAAAGAUGUAUGUGAUAAUCCUGAGAUUAUUGCUCUUCAGAUCGCACUUGCUGAAUGCCAAGAAAAGCUUAAGAGGCUGACCUGGGUAGAGAAAAGGCUUGAGUGUUUGGAAGCCACAGCAAAAGGGAAAGUGAUGGUCGAUGAGAAGGCCUGGAAUAACCUCGUGAGCCGAGUCACUCUUCUUGAGACGGAGCUGCUGCUGUCUAAGAAGAAUGAAUGCGUAGAGUUUAAUGCAGCAAGUGAAGAUUAUGACUCUGUUAGUGGCUUGGAUAAUGUGCCCUUUGAUAAACAAUACAGUGUGGGGGCACCAGCCAGUACAUACCGCUCAUCUGGCUAUAGCACAGUGUCACCAGAAUCAAUGUCCAGGGCCUCCACUGUUCAUUAUUGUGGACUGAAAGAUUUUUCAGAGGAAACAACAAUCCAGAAAAUGGAAAGGAUGAAAAAAAUGUUUGAAGAGACUGCGGAGCUACUGAAAUGCUCGAGUCGCUAACUAUAGACUUUUUUGCAUGAACAUCUCUAGGACUUUGGCUACUUAUACAUGGUAUAUUUAAGAAUGCCUUACAUAAUUUUAAUAUAUUGUAAUAUUUUAUUAAGAAUUUGAACUCUAUUUGAUAAUUGAGGUUUUUUCUUUCCUAAAUAAAUACUUUUAAUAUUUUAA